AUGGGACCAGAAAAUAACCAAAGCAUCUUCCACCCCACAUUCCUCUUCACUGGCAUCCCAGGACUGGAGACCAUAAAUAUUGGGGUGUCGUUUUCCUUCUGCGUCAUGUAUGCCAUUGCUGUCUUGGGGAAUGGCGUUGUUCUCCUAGUGAUCGUGAAGGAUCAGAGCCUCCACAAGCCCAUGUACCUCUUCCUCUGCAUGCUGGCUGUGAGUGAGCUGGGGGUCUCCCUUUCCACCCUCCCCACAGUGCUGGGCAUCUUCCUGUUUGAUGCCAGGGAGAUUGGGCUGGAUGCGUGCCUCAGCCAGAUGUACUUCAUCCACUCCUUCUCCGUCAUGGACUCAGGGGUCCUCUUGGCGAUGGCCCUAGACCGCUUCAUAGCCAUUUACAACCCUCUGCAAUACACCACCAUCCUGACAAACUUUAGGAUUAUGUUGAUAGGCUUAGGGAUUGCCAUGAGAAGUGUUCUCCUAAUGGUCCCAAUGCUUCUCCUCCUAAGGAGGCUGCCAUUUUGCAAGUCCACCACCCUUGCUCAUCCUUACUGUCUGCACCCCAAUCUGAUCCGGCUCCCUUGUGCAGACACCACCGUCAACAGCUUCUAUGGCCUGUUAUGUGUACUUUCCACAUUUGGCCUUGAUUCCUUGUGCAUCGUCUUGUCCUAUGUGAUGAUUCUCAAGACUGUGCUGAGCAUGGCCUCCAAGGAAGGCCGUCUCAAGGCCCUGAACACCUGCGUCUCCCACAUUUGUGCUGUCAUGCUCUAUUACUCUCCAAUGAUUGGUUUGUCUAUGUCACACAGGUUUGGCAGGCAUAAUUCUCCAAUGCUGAACUCAAUGAUGGCCAAUAUCUAUCUCCUGGUUCCUCCGAUUCUCAACCCCAUCAUCUACAGCAUCAAAACUAAAGAGAUUCGCAAAGCCCUGGGUAGGAUUUUUUUUCAGAAGAAGUUCUGA